AUGCUGCAAAGAGUGUCGAAAGCGCGCGUGGCUGGGCCUGCCGGCGCGCUGCUGCGGUGGUCGUCCACCGUGCGUUUGACAGCAGAGUCGUAUCCGCAGGUAAAGCGGCAGGACUUCGGCCAGAUCACGCCGCAGGCAGUCGACUUCUUCAAGUCUGUGGUGGGCGACUCUGCCGUCGUGACGGACCCGGACGACCUUCUGUUCUACAACGAGGACCAGAUGCGCAAGUACCGCGGACAGUCGUCGCUGUGUGUGAAGCCCAAGACCACGCAGCAGGUGUCAGAGAUCGUGAAGUACUGUCAUGAGCACAAGCUGGCGCUGGUGCCCCAGGGCGGCAACACGGGGCUUGUGGGCGGGUCGGUGCCCGUUUUCGACGAGAUCGUGCUGUCGCUGAGCGGGAUGAACAAGAUCCGCUCAUUCGACCACACGUCGGGUAUUCUGAAAGCGGACGCAGGCUUAAUUUUGGAAAAUGCCGACAACUUUCUCGCGGAGAAGGGCUACAUCUUCCCGCUCGACCUGGGUGCCAAGGGCUCGUGCCACAUUGGCGGCAACGUUGCGGCCAACGCGGGCGGCCUGCGGCUGCUGCGAUACGGCUCGUUGCACGGCUCUGUGCUGGGUCUGGAGGUGGUGCUACCGGACGGCACCAUCUACGACAGUAUGAACGCCCUGCGGAAGGACAACACGGGAUACGACCUGAAACAGUUGUUUAUUGGGUCGGAGGGCACGCUCGGUGUCAUCACCGGCGUCUCGAUCCUGUGUCCGGCUCGGCCCAAGGCCGUCAACAUUGCAUUUCUCGGACUCGAGUCGUACGAGGCUGUGCAGAACACGUUCAAAAGAGCCAGGUCGGAGCUGUGCGAGAUUCUGUCCGCGUUUGAGUUCAUGGACAGACAGUCGCAGUGGCAGGCCAAGCGGUUCCUCAAGACCCUGCAUCCGCUUGCGCAGGAUGACCCGGACGUCGACGUGCCCGAGUAUCCGUUCUAUGUGCUGAUCGAGACGUCUGGCUCGUGCAAAGAGCACGACGACGCCAAGCUGGAUAUGUUUUUGGAGUCGGUGAUGGAGGACGGCACGGUCGCAGACGGCGUGGUGUCGCAGGACGAGUCGCAGCUCAAGACUCUCUGGACCUGGAGAGAAGGUAUCAGUGAGGCUUCCAACAUGGACGGCGGGGUGUACAAGUACGACGUGUCGCUGCCUCUGCCGGUGAUGUACGACCUGAUUGAGGUUCUGCGGGCGAGACUGGACGAGCACGGGCUGCGCUCGAUCAGCGACGCGUCGAAGCCCGUCGUCGACGUUGUCGGCUACGGCCACAUUGGCGACGGCAACGUGCACGUGAACGUUGUUGUGAGAGAGUACAAUAAAACGGUGGAGAAAUGUCUGGAGCCGUACGUCUACCAGUGGAUCAGCGACCACCAUGGGUCGAUUUCGGCGGAGCACGGCCUGGGCUUCCAGAAGAAAAACUACAUCGGCUACUCCAAGUCGGAGGUGGAAAUUGCGUUGAUGAAAGAUAUCAAAAGCAAGUUUGAUCCGCAGGGAAUCAUGAACCCAUACAAGUACUUAUAGAAACAGAACGGUUGAGCCUAAUUCUUAUCGUCGUCGGGAUUCGCAACUUUGAGCACUUUCUUGUAGUAGUCGGCCGCGUCGGCGAGCGAGCCGUCGCUCAGGCGUCUGCGGCCAAGCAUUAUUCGCCCAGACCCAGACCCGUUGUCGGAGGAGUAGAGGUCGUCUUCGGCAGAGGCAAACGGAUCACGGUUUGACUUGAGCGCCUCCUCGUACGCGAGGUCGUCCACAGCCAUGUCGUCGCCGCUGUCGCGGCGUCUUCUGAAAAUCAAGAAGAAGAUUCCGCCGAUCAGGAUCGACGCCCCGACAGCGCCGCCCACCGCUCCUCCGAUGAUGGCUCCCUUGUUGGACGAUUUGGAGUCCGAGCGCGAGCUCGAGUCUGCGGAUGCGGAUGCAGACGACAAGCUUGUUGAUUGCGUGAUAUACACCACCGUGGUCUGUUUCGAGCCCUCCUUGCUCACCGUCGACGUGAGCACCGUGGCGGUCACGGUUGGAGACGUGGACGAGCUCGAGCUUUGGGAGCUGGUUGUGGGUGUCUCUGUGGGUGUCUGUGUAGAAGAUGUCGACUCCUGUGUGGAGCUGGAGGAGCUGGAUGUUUGUGUUGUUUGUGCGGUGCUCAACGAGGACGACGACGGGAUUGACGACGACGAGGAUGGGGACAGCGUGCUGGACGACACGCUGGACCAGCCGGUGCUCGAAGACACACCCGAGCUCGACCAGUUGUCGUACGCGUCGUUGUCGCUCAGCCCGUACACCGUGUAGGCGUCGCUUCCUCCGCACUUCUCAGAUGGAUACCCAUCACAAGAGGUGUCACAGCUGUUCGAAGAGUCGGACGACGACGGCUCGUCAUCGCCGCAAUAGCACUCAUUUCCGUUUGUCAGGGCGAUGUAUUUGUAGGAGGAGCACUCUGACGAGCAAUGGAAGCUGGACUGCCAGGCGUAGGUGCCCUUGGACACAUAAGAGGAAGGGAUGUCGGAAAAGCAACCGAUGCUGGACAAGGCCGACGUCGCGGGUAUCAAAGCGAGAAUGAAUAGAUUUAUUUUCAUGGUGUAACAAGAGUCCAGGGUCGCGCUUGCGCGAUAGAUCAAAAACGAAAGAAUCCGGC